AUGGCGACGGAAUUAGGAGCUUUCGUCGAAAAGACUGUAGCUGUAAUCACCAACGAUGGAAGGUUUAUUGUGGCAAGUUCACACGGAGGAAAGCUAAAAGGCUUUGACCAGACUACAAACAUCAUUCUGUCAGAGUCAUCAGAACGUGAAUUCUUUGUUGAUGCUCCUGUUAACGAAGUACCACUGGGACUGUACAUUGUGCGAGGAGACAAUAUAUCAAUUAUUGGAGAACUGGACAAGGAGCGUGAAGAAAACACGGAUUGGAAGAAUGUUAGAGCUGAACCUAUUCCAGCUAUUAGAAGAAUGCAUCUAGAGUCUUCUUAA